GAAAAACUCAUGCGUACUGCAUGUUUUUGUGACGUUGCAUUGCAAGUUGCAGCAAAAGAGUGUAAGAUGGCCUUACAGGAUUUCAUAUAACAUUUUGUACUUUGCAGUCUUUCAAUCUGUUUUACUGUCAAUGAUCGUGGUAUUAUACCGCCCCCGUGCCACCUGAAGUGAUCACGUGUGAGAAACCUGAUCACUGAACUGAAUAAUCAACUUGCUGAAUAAUGUCUGUGAUAAUGUUGCAUCUCUGUCGACUGAAUAUUAAUUAAUAAUUUAUCGCUCCAAGAUGGCGACUGAACGAGGGCCUCCCUCUCAAAGCACAGCGUAUUUGGCAAGUGGAGGGAACUUCUCUACAGCUCCAAGACCUUUUAUUGGCGGUUAUGAUGUAGAAUUUGUUUCUGCCAUCCCCCCAGACUACAUAUGUCCUAUAUGUCAGUUAGUUUGUCGAGAUCCAGUGCAAACUACAGAGUGCGGCCAUCGAUUUUGUGAAAGUUGUUUAGAGCCGAUUCUGAGGUCAGAAAUUUGUUCUAUUUAAUCAUUAAUUUGACGAUGUUUGCACUGUAAUUCUUGUUUCAUAAUUUUUGUAUUUAUUCCAGGAAAAAUGGAUCGUUUUGUCCACUAGAUAGACGAGCACUCACUAGAGAAAAGGUUUGUUUUUAGUUUCAAAUUUCAAUUGAAAUAUUUUGAUUUUUUUCCAGAUAAUAUUAUUGAUGUAUGCCAUUGUUCGAAGGUUUUAUUAGCAAUAUAGUGCUGUAGUUUGUACAUUAUAAUUACUUCUGUAUUUUCUUUUCGAAAUGUACAUGUACAGACAAAAAAAUUAUGCUUAAAAUAAAAUGAUAUAAAACAAUAAAUUUCAAAAUAAUAAAUUACUGCAAAACGUUGACGCUAAUGCUUAAAUAGCGUAUGUUGUGUAAUUUUGCUCCAAGCUUAACACAUCAUUAAUGCCUGAUGGUACUGAAUUUUGUUGAUGAAUGUCUGGGGCCAAUUGUUCAUGGAUUAGUGCUAAUCCAUGCAGACUUUGCCAAGAUCUUGGGUGUGCAAAUGAAAAAUGGCAAGUGUGCAGACUCAAAUGAAGUGUGCAUAUUUAUAUAAAUAUAAAAAGGAUGUUUAACCCAUUAAGCUGCGGAGCUUCCCCAUUGACGAGUAGAAUUUCUGGCAUUAGACCAGUAAAAAAAAUAAGUAGGGCACAUUGCGGCUCAAUGGAUUAAUAAUCAAAGUAACGGUUUCUUUUCUUUGUUUUUAAUAAAAUUCUUUCAAUAUAAACAAGCCGUCUAACGAUUAUAAAAAAGUUAAAAUAUCGCAUGCACGGCCCGCAUGUUUGCGUGGAGUGAAACAAAUUAAGUUAUUAACCAUUUGCUCAUUAAUCAUGGAGAUUUUGAACAUAGUAAUUCUUGUUCAUAAAUUGCAAAACUCAUUUUAAUUUAAUGUAUUAAACAAAUACGGUCAUACGGUAGGAAACAUUGUUCCCUCUUGGGGCCCCAAGCCCCCCAAUAAUUUUGAAAGACUGAAAAUCUUGUACCAAAUAACACCAAUCACACUCAUAUAACGUAAUUGUCAUAUUAAAUAAUAACUAUUUGAUAAAACUUAAAGUGGAAGUCAUGAAAGUCCGUUCUGCGCAUCGGUUCUGCUCAUAACAAUGUGAGCAUGUGAGCUCUAAUGUAAACAUUGCCCAAAUUUCGAAUGUUUUGAAUUUUUCUGAACAUAAACUCUAUUUCAUAUUCAUUUAGAAGCAUAGCGAACCAAAAUGGUGUUAGAUAUUCAGACAGUACAUCAUAUUUAAUAAAAAUACAGCACUAAAAUGAAAACAAACCGUUUGUUUACAUAACAGACUUGACUUCCACUUUAAGCUAAAACAGUAAGCAAUAUACCAAACAAUAUAGUAAUAUAUGUUUUUGUACUGUACAUAUCACAACAUACGCAUUUUAUACAUUCUUUUCGACAGAUACUAGGGGGACAACUUUUUGCAACAGGCACUUCUUUAAAUGUCAUUGUUGAUUUUUUGUUGUUUUUGAAGCUUAUACUAUUGUUUAGCAGCGAAAUUUUCUGCUGCACAAUUUUAUUUGAAUGCAUAUUAAACUAUUAUGCUCAAAAACAAUGGAUAAUUCAAUUAACAUUGCAAUUUUAAUUAUGUUAACAAAAACAAAAGCUGGCACCGCAAAUAAAUUUCACUCACUUAGCGAAUAAAUUUUUACAUUGUCAUUGGCAUGUUAAUUUAAUUAAACCUUACCACCUUGCAAUUCCAUUCACAAAUGUUAAUAAUCAUGUAAAUAUUUUCUCUGAAAUGUUGGUUUUCUAUCCUUGGCAUGUGAUUUAUAACUAAAUGCACCAUUAAAACAGUGUUUUGAAAACCUAGUUUUUUACAAAAUGUGUUCUCAGAAUGCUGCAAAUGCUAUUUCUGGGAUCCAAAUUUUAAAUUUUUUCUGUGCCUUCAGCACAAUGAUAAACAUUGGAUAAGGUUUUUGUGAUUUUCAGAAUUAUAAAGGUUGAGGUAAAUGUUUAAAAUUAUAUCAGUGGAGCCGAAGGCAAGAUUAAUAACACUUACUGAGACCUUGAUAAUUUUGUUACAUUGCAUUUUCAUUAAUUUGACAAACAAUGAUUUGUCGUGCAAAACAAUGUUUGGUUCUCAAAAAAAGCAGUGAAAACAUUUUAAAAUAUCACAGUAACAGCAUAAAAAUAUUAGAAAUCUUAUUUACCUGCUAAAGUUCCAAUAAAAAUGUCAAAAAGGUCUACUUUUUGCACAAAAAUAUUCACAAAAAUGCUGUUCAUUUAAUAAAACUGCCCUUGCUAUAAAAUUACAUACAAUUAAGCCUAGUUUACACGAGCAAUUUUCUUUUGCCAAAUUAAACUUGCUCAUGGUAAAAAUGGUAAAUAUUUUUUUCUUUAACAAGUUUCCCUUGACAAGUUUUAUUUGCCAAUAUAAGCUGGAACAAUUCUCUAUUUGUCGUAUUUUUCUUGACAUGUCAUUUAUACAGACAAUUUUAGUGACAUGGCAGUUUUUCUUUGACAAGUAUACUAUUCUGGUCUACUAGUUUAUUUAUUUAAGGAAGCUUAUUUAUAAGAUAAUUUUUUAGACUUUUUAACAUUGAACAUAAAUAGUUUUAUUAAUUUUUAUAUUUUUCUUGUAUUAAUUCUUCUAUAUAUAAAUUGUUAGGCGCAUGCGAACAUUGCACACUAUAAAUGUCGUCAUGAUGUAACAUGUGUCACAGAAUUACGCUGCAAUUCCGGCCAAAACUCUCACGACUGAGUCAGUACAAAGUCAGCACUGAACUGAGUCCGUGUAUUACAAAAACGUUGCCACGAUUUGUAAAACGCAGACUCAGUCCGUGGUUUACAAAUCGCGUACUGAGUCUGCAUUUUCCCGGUCCAGUCCGUAUUUUACAACAUGCCUAAACUAUAGGCUUCAGUCAAAACAUAGAAUAAAAAUGUUAACUGUUUGGGAGUGUCUAUUGUUUUGUAUUUUCUAAAUUGCAAGGCCUAUGAAAUGUAAUUUCAAGUGUAGAUGAACAAGUACAUGAAGGGCCAAAAAUCAACCCGAUAUUAGUCAGUCACUUCUCAUUAUUCUGCUGAUUUUGCGAUAGAUUUAUUAGCAAUUUGUGUGUAGGUGUAAUUUCCUGCACCAGGAAAACUUGCGAAUUGAUUGCUUCGAUGAAAGAAUAUAAUUUGGAAUAUGUUAUUUACAUACAAAGAGAGUUCACAAAAUUUUGACAUGUGUGCGUAAUUACUCUGUGCUCUUAAGGGAUAAAGUUGAUGCACAGGGGGUAUAGUCUGAGUUUCUCUGAGGCAGAGAGUAGACAAUAGAUAUUGUUGACACUACAACUCGAAAAACUGUUUCAGACUAUUGGCAUUGUACAAUAAAUCUUUUUUCAGGUUUAUGCUGACCGAGCUUGCAAACGAACAAUUAAUUCUCUUGAAGUGAAAUGUCAGAAUUAUGGCAGUGAAUGUGAAUGGUCUGGUGAACUGGCAAACUUACCAGUAUGUAAUCUGUUCUUGUACCUGUUUCAAAAUCAUCCAUUACCAUCUAAAAAUAAUUUCAGUUGACAUGUACAUUAUCUGAUUUCACAUGUAAAAAAAUAGUAGGCAUUAACAAACAUUUUAAACAUAAAAGUAACUGUUCCCCAGUAGCUGAUAUUUUUGUAAGUAAUCUUUAAUAUUGUUUUUACAAGCAUGGAUUGGAAGCCUAAUAUGCUACUGUAUAUACUGUAAUUAAAGCAAAUUUGUAUGGCAUUGAUCCCAAACAUUUUGACAUGAUGUGGAAUUGAAGAAACAGAGAUUUUGCAGUAUUUCAUGAAAUGUCUGAUCACUUUGGUCUUUUCGUUCAAUGACAAAUACUUUUAUAAUAUAGCAUUUGUAAAUUCUGAACGCUGAUUAAUGGCUAAGAGCUGUGUUGAUAUAACUCAAAUGUCAACACGGAAACGUCGGAAAAUUUAUUUCUUUAUGUUUCUUUGUGCUAUAUUAUAAAACAAAUAUAAAACAUUUUUUCCGUAUUGAUAUACAGUAAUUAUAUCAACACUCGUGGAAAUUGGGAAAACUCGAAAUUGUGUGAAAACACUCCGCCCUUUGGGCGUCGUGUUUCCACACAAUUUCUCGUUUUCCCAAUUUCCACUCGUGAUGAUAAAACUGUACAGGGUGUCCCAAAAAACCCGCAAAAUCAUUGAAAUAACGUAUUGUUAAAAUUUGAAUGCCCUAGCACUAGUGAACGCAAAGAUGCGUAAAAUAUUGACAAAGGUGCAUAUAUUAAAUAUUGACUUAUUAAGAAAUUACAAUAUCUUUGUAAAGCGCCCGAUUUUCUGCUCUUGGGAAUUAAAAAAACAGCUUCUUAAACGGUUUCUUUAUGCAUAAAAUUUACUUACGUCAAGCUUUGAUGCGCGUGUGGAUUCAGCAGAGUGCUGAGGCAUUCAAAUUCUAACAAUACAUUUAUUUCAAUAGUUUUCGGGGUUUUUGGGACACCCUGUAGGCUAAAUCAACACGGAAAAUGUUUUAUAUUUGUUAAAUAUACAAUAUGUUAAGGACAUGUUACACGAGACAAUCUUUUCUCUUGCAACACAAUUUCAGAUACAGAGAUAAGUUAUUAAAACGUAUAGUCCCAGAGAAAUUGUGAGCAUGGCCCUCGUACUACUCUGCCGACGUUUUUGUACAUUACAUAACAUAACAUAACAUAACAUAACAUAACAUAACAUAACAUAACAUAACAUAACAUAACAUAACCAGGGUUUUUUUCAGGGAUUUUUUAGGGCCGUUAAACGGCCCCAAAAACUCAAUCUUGAAUUGAGUUUUGAAACUCAAUCUUCUCACCAAAGUUUCAGUGCAGUAAAAAUAAAGUUGUUUGAGUUAAAUUCGUGACGUGUGAAAAUUAGUUUUCAGUUGGAAACCCGACAAUUAAGAAAAAAUGGCUGGAAUUCAUCUCACAACACAAGAAAAACUAUGCAUUCGCCAUCUUUAACCAGUUUAUAGUGUCCCUUAGUGCCCCUGCUUUAACACAUUACGUCUCAACUACAUUUAUUGAGUACAGGUGUCAGCCCCCGGUAGGGGCAGCCACCCCCAGCUGUUCAACUAAACUCAAUCUUCUCUGCAAAAACGGACCCAAGAGAAAAUCCGGAGAAAAAAAACCUGAUAACAUAACAUACAUUCACUCCUAAGGAAUGAAAAUAAAAGAAAUGGAAUGAAAAAUGUUGGCAGAGUAAAACGUAGGCCAUGCUCAGGAUUUUUCUGCGACUACGUUUUAGAUAGCAUGAUAACAACAACAAACAAAAUGGUGAUAAGUUGAAAAAGUCCGAAGGACGAAACUAGUACGAUCUCCAGACCUAUUUUUAGUGUGUAGAAACAUAAGUCUUUCGAGACAUGGUCUGGAAACUCAGUAAACUUCAAAACGGUUUUAAUGAGCUGGGAUUUUAUGUUGAGCCGUACCUUACACCGUGCACAUCCUUUGUUUUAGGUUUAUUAAUAUUUAAAUAGCAUGGUUGAAUGACUGACUGAAACGUUGCUAUUGGAUGAUUCGUUCAUUAUACUGAAAUACAAUGUGUUCAUUGACCGUGCACCGUGCACAAAACUGCAUAAACGUGAACAAAAAGAUAGAACAAAGACUUUAGCGAACUUUCCAAAGCAUGUUUUGAAAGACUAUAGUAGAAAGCUGAAUAUAUGUGUUUUUAUCCUUUUUAUUAAAAUAAAUGAAAUGUCAUAAAUUGCAUUGCAAGUUGCAGCAAAAGUUGCCUCGUGUAGCCCUUUAUUUAUGAUUAUCCUUCAGACUCAUCUGGAUGUGUGUAAGCAUUCUCCAAUAUCGUGUGUCAAUAAAUGUGGCAGAACUGACAUCCCUCGAGAUCAAGUGAGUACUGGAACCUACAACUUCUUAGCAGAAUUGUAAUAGUACUGUUGAUUGUAUACAGCUAUUUCAAUUAAGGUUGUCCACGAGCAAAGCGGAAUAGUCGAAGAACCGCUUUGAAAAUUCAUUAAUUUAUGUUUAAAUUAAUGAAUUUUCAAAGCGGUUCCCAGCAGCCUUUCGCGCUCGUAUUCGACUAUUCCGCUUUGCUCGUGGACAACCUUAAUUGGCAAUUCCAGCUUUUAGUUUAUGCGUGCAGGGGACGAUGGGAAGUAAGGUAUCAUAUUGCUGAUUAUGCUGAAAAAAUAGAAAUGGUGGCCGUGUAAACAUGGAGUGAUAGCUUAUUCCUGUAAAUAUUGAAAUAUUUCGGUUGUUUCGGUAGUUUUUAUUGAAAUUUUUCAGCAUAAUCAGCACUAUGAUACCUUACUUCCCAUCAUCCCCUGCAGGCAUAAACUGAAAGCUGGAAUUGCCAAUUGAAAUAGCUGUAUACUAUACCUGUUGUUUGGUGAUUGAACGGCAAUUACCCGUUUUCUCUACAUGCACUGAUGAACAAUUCUUGUUUCCUUAGAUGAGCAGUCAUGUUGAUGUUGAUGGUGACUGUCCACUGGCUAUUGUACCAUGCAAAUAUUGUGACAUUGGGUGCAAAUUCAAGGUACUAGUACAAAGACACAUUGGUAUUUUUCCCUACCUGCAUGUACACAAACUAUUUUAAUGAAAAUACUCUUCAUCUUAUUAUUUUUUCAUAUACUUAUAUUAUUAUUACAGUUAACAAUUUUUCACCGAAGUGGAGGUGGAUCAUAGAUAUCUUAUAUACACUAGAUAGUGCAUCUAAUUAUUCUGCAAUACAAAAAUUGAAGCCGUGAUUGCAGACUCAGGAUAUUCCCAUGAAAUGAGAAGACUCGUAUGUUUUCUAUUUCUUAAACAGGGAACUCAAACAUUAAGUUAAACCUAUUCCAAACACAUUUUCAAACUGUUCAAAUGGUGAAAGUUAUUGUUGUUUAAAGUAAUUCAACAUGGCCGCCAUCUAUUCAAAUGGGGGUAACCGCUUGAAUAUUCUUGGCUUCAAUUUUACUAAAAGAGAUGCGCUAUCUAGUGUAUAUAAGAUAUCUAUGAGGUGGAUAGUGCAAGGAUGUUCACCGAUUGCGAAUUUUAGCAUAUACCAUAGCAAAACAAAAAUGACCACAUCAAAACAAAAAUGACCAAACAAAUUUGUAUUUCUGAAUCAGCUUCCUUAAUAGUUGUAAACAAAACAGUAUUUAAACGCUUUUAGUAAUUUUAUUCAUUAGAAAUAGGACAAUUUCUCGUACAAUUUUCAUAAUCUUUGUAGAACUCACUCGUGCAUGUCGUGCACUUGUUAAUUUAUAUAUCAUACACAAGAAGGAGUUUAGUAAUUUAUUCAAAACGUGUGUUGAAAAAUAAGACACUAGCCGAGUUUAUACAAAGUUUGAGGAUUCUUUAAAUCACUAUAAUGAACGACUUAUUAUAAGUAAUAGCAUGGCAUUCAGGGCAUUAGUGAUUAAAUUCCUUAAUAAGUCAAUAUUUAAUUUUUGCACCCUGUCAAUAUUUUGCACAUCUUUGCGUUCAGCUUAGUGCUAGGGCAUUCAAAUUUUAACAAUAAGUUAUUUCAAUGGUUUUGCGUUUUUUUGGGACACCCUGUAUUAAGGUGCAAUUCCAGUCCUCGCACGAAGCUCCUCGCAGCUCCCUGCGAGUGCUUGCUUCUAAUUAAAAUUAACUCUUAAGCAUUGUGAUUGGAUGAAAGUGCUCAUGCAUGCACUCGCAGCGAGCUGCAAGGCGCUUCGUGCGAGGACUGGAAUUGCGCCCUAAGAGAUUUGUGCAUAAAGAUGAGGGACGAUUAGAAACUAAUCGUCACGUGGGAUGAUUAGUUUCUAAUCGUCCCUCAUGUUUUAGCAAUGAGAUAAUUUGGUCAUUAAUAAUCGUCCCUCGCGAAACAAAGGAUUUCGAGGUAGCUAUGAUACACGGCUAAAAACGAUCAGAACAAUGUUUUGCUACCCACAUUGUUCACAGUUGUCAACAAUAUAGAACAAUAUCGUUGCACCCAACCUCGUUCCCAGGGCUUUCGUAUGAGGACGAGGGGAGAGACGAGAAAGCCCUGGUCUGGGCCGGUCACGUGACUACCCAAAAAAUGGCAGUAUUUGACAGCUACUCGUCAAGGAGUUGCGAGAUAUUCUUUAAUGAAAUAUACAAGUCUUCGAAACAGAUAAACAGCCAAAAGACUUCUCAAUCGAUAUUAUUUAUGUGUAGCGAAGUUUGGCACGAAUCAGCUGAAAUCUCUGAAGACCCCGUCUAUGUUUUCUAAGAUAUACCGAUAUUUCUGGAGAUUUUCAACCACAGGCAAAGCUGCAUCCAAGCUGCAUCUAGGCGUCUCCGUGCAAGUGGUGAUUCACACGAAAUUUGCUUUCUCUCGUCUUGAACAAUAUGGCUAUUGCCUUUAAUAUUUAGUUUAAAUAUGCUCUUAUAGAUCUGACUUAGUUCGAUAUAAAUAAACACAAAUAUAAAACCUCGCGUAACCUGUUUACGCUGUACAGGAAUAUACGGAUUCGCUUGUUUCGCCGGACACCAACACUUGCCGUUCAGGAGCAAUGCUUACCUACAAAUUUUAUCCCCUUCACAAUCUUUGUUUUAUUUUAUCGUAUAAUCGCAAUUUUCAAGUAUUCGGGGUAUUCUGAAACUGUAAAACUCGGUGGCGUGACGAAUCUUGUAGAGACUACAUCGGCCUAGGCGUAGAGCUAUUAAGUAAACCGGGCCUAAAUUAAUUUAGUAGUUUCAUUUAAUUGUUUGUCUUGCUUUUAUUUGUCAGUAUAGAAUAUUGUAAAUUAAAAUAUUACUACAAUGUAAUACGCGUAGUAUUUUAUCAGACAUCUGCACUACAUUAUAAAUACUGUACAAGGAAAACUACAGCUUAGGGAGUGG